AUGCCGAAUGUUCUCAUCCUCGGUGGCACUGGUUAUAUCGGUAACGCAGUUGCAAAGUCACUUCUUCAAUCUGGCAACUACAAAGUUUGGGGAACUGCAAGGAAUUCGGAGAAAGCAAAGCAGUUAGCGAUAAAUGAAAUCGUACCGAUUGAAGACGAUAUCACCGAUCCUGCAAAGCUCAGUCAGAUAAUAAUCGACAAUAGCAUCAACGUUGUCGUCGACACCACUUCGGCCUAUGAACAGGCUGGCAAUAUUCUCGCAGGAGUCAUUCAUGCCGCGACUACAAUCAAGGAAUCCCUUGAAAAGGAGGGCAUUGUUAGUCCUAGGCUUGGAUUUGUAUACACUUCCGGCGGAUGGGUAUAUGGUUCACCCAAGAAACGUCUCAAUGAUCUUGCACCAGUGGGAAGCGCUCUUUCCCAAGACAAGCCUGGCACACCAAUUGUAUGGCGACCUAUUCAUGAGCAAGCCAUCCUUGCUGCUCGGGAUCAGCUGGAUGUAGCCAUUCUACGACCUCAUGCCGUUUACGGACGCGGUUCUUGGAUCUUUGGAACAUGGUGGAACCCUCUGGCCGAAGCAGCAAAAUCGGGAAGUACUUCACUUGUGAAGAUUCCUGCAAACACCACGGCUCGUCCUGGCUUGGUUCACGUUGAUGAUGUUGCGACUGGAUUCCAUGCUGCUAUCGAUCGCAUCGAUGGCCGAUUAGGCGAAUGGCCCAUUUUCGAUCUUUUGACGGAAACACUGCCUCUUCCAGCAUUUUUGGAUGCGACCAAGGUUGCAAUGGGGGUUGAUGCUCAAAUUGAGUACAUUGGGCCUGGUGGGAACCCAUUUUAUGAGGCUUUGAGCUUGGCCAGCAAUUCUGAUGCAUCACGGGCAAAGUCUGUCCUUGGAUGGAAUCCAAAGCGAACGGAUCUUCUGUUGAACUUGCCUAUCUACGUCAACGCAUGGCAGGCUUCGCAGUGA